CCGCUCCCGCGGGCUCAGUCGGGCCUGGGGUGCGGAGCGGAGCGGAUCGUAGCGGAGCAGCCCGGAGCCGGGAUGGAGGCGCCGCCCGCACCCCCCAGCGUUCCCCCGGCUCCCUGCAGCGCGGCCCGCAGCCUGCAGGACGAGCUGACGUGCCCGGUGUGCCUCGAGUACUUCAACGACCCGGUGCUGGUGGCCGAGUGCGGGCACAACUUCUGCCGCGCCUGCGUGACCCAGUGCUGGGAGGACUCGGCGCGGCGCCUUUGCUGCCCGCAGUGCCGGGAGCCGGUGCCGCAGCGGCUCUUCCGCCCCAACCGCUCCCUCGGUAACAUCGUCCACAUCGUCCGCCAGCUCGGCUUGCCGCCCAGCCCCGCCGAGCCGCCGCCGGGGCCUCCCGCGCCCUCGCCGCCGCUGCCCGCCGCCGCUCCGCCCGGCCCGCCGGGCCCGCCGCGCUGCCCCCGCCACGGGGAGCCGCUGCGGCUGUACUGCGUGCAGGACCGCCGCGCCGUCUGCGUCGUCUGCCACCUGUCCCGCGAGCACCGGACCCACACCGUGCUGCCCGCCGAGGAGGCGGCCCAUGCCCCAGAGGAGGUGCCCCAGGAGCACUUGAGCUCCCUGAGGAAAGGGCGUGAAGAAGCCAAAGCUGAGAGGGAGAGACAGAGCGAGGACUUGCUGAAGCAAACAGAAGUGGAGAGGCAGAAGAUCGUGGCUGAGUGCAAGGAGCUCCGGGGCUUCCUGGAGGAGAAGGAGCAGCUCCUGUUAUCCCGCCUGGAAGAGCUGGACAAAGACAUCCUCAAGAGGAGGGAUGAGAGCGUGUCCCGGCUCUCCGAGGAGAUCGCCCAGCUCGACAAGCUGCUGGCUGAGCAGGGAGGAGAGAGCAGCCCCGGGGGCCAGCCCGGGCAGGUGAGAUCCGUGGGAUGGGUCUUUGAGAGCUGGAUGUUCUGCAAGCCCGAGGCUGGCUUCACAGAGCUGGAGAAGAAACUCAAGAGCUUCUCCCAGAAGAGUGCAGUGCUGAAGGAGGUGUUGCUGGAGUUCAAAGAGAACCUCAGGUUCGAGCUGGAGAAUGACACAGGUGACCUCUCCCUGGACCCAGACACAGCCAACCCCUACCUGGUGCUGUCAGAGGACAAGAGGAGCGUGCGGCUCCGGAGCGCGCCGCAGGAGCUGCCGGCAAAUCCCAAGAGAUUCGAUUAUUCCUUCUGCGUGCUGGCAGCGGAGGGGUUCGUGGCUGGGAGGCACUACUGGGAGGUGGAGGUGGGAGAUGGGGAGAGCUGGGUGCUGGGGGCAGCGCGCGAGUCCGUGCGGAGGAAGGAGAAGAUCGACUUUGCUCCCGAGGAGGGGAUCUGGGCGGUGGGAUUGAACUGGAAAGGGAAGAACUGGGAUCAGUACCAGGCUUUCACCUCCCCAGAGACGCCCUUGUCCCUGUGUGAGAGGCCCAGGAAGAUCGGGGUCUACCUGGACUAUGAGGGGGGGUGGGUGGCGUUCUACAACGCCGACAACAUGGCACCGAUCUUCACCUUCACCGCUGCUUUCACCGAGAAGAUCUUCCCCUUCUUCUGGCUCUUCUAUGUGGGCUCCUCCCUCUCCCUCUGCAAUUGAGCCUCCAGUUUCUUUAGCCCUCCCGAGGUGACCUGCAAGUAGGAUCCUGUCCCUUUUCCUGCCCUGCUUUCAGGCAGAGCCCCCCAGACCUCCUCAUUGUCCCUUGUUCUGCUGUUUUCUUGUUGCUUUCCGGUUUUGAGUCGUCUUCACAC